AUGUUAUUUGAAUACAGUUCAAGCUCAGAAUCUGCUGAUGAGAAUCCAUACGGAGAAGUUGAUCGAAUGGUUGACGAAUUUGUCACUCAUCACUUACCAAACACAUUCUUUCCACGAGGUCCUAGACUUCGAAAUGUGAAUGAUACCAUUCCGAUUCGAGCAGAUAGAAACCGUGAAGAAGGGCAUAACCGCUUGUUUAAUGAUUACUUUGCGGAAAAUCCAGUAUAUUCAGACAAACAGUAUCGUCGAAGGUUUCGAAUGAGAAGACCUUUGUUUUGCUGUAUCAUGAACAAAAUGGUUGAAAAUGAUGUUUUCUUGCAACAGAGAAGAAAUGCUGCCGGAAAAUUAGGGUUAUCAGGAUUGCAAAAAUGCACUGCAGCUAUCAGAAUGUUAGCAUAUGGUUUGGCUCCGGAUGCAAUUGAUGAAUAUCUGCGAAUGGGCAUGAUCGGUAGUAUUGAUUGUAUGCACUGGGAAUGGAAGAACUGUCCUACCGCAUGGAGAGGUCAAUACCAAGGACGCAGCGGGAAAGCGUCCCUAAUUCUUGAAGCUGUUGCAGAUCAAGAUCUAUGGAUUUGGCAUUCAUUUUUUUGUAUUCCUGGUUCAUCUAAUGACCUUAAUGUUCUGCACCGUUCUCCUGUUUUUGAUGAUGUUUUGACAGGUAAGGCACCUCCUAUCACUUUUCAGGUGAAUGGACAUGAAUACAACAUGGGGUACUACCUCACAGAUGGUAUUUAUCCAAAUUGGGCUACGUUCAUUCAAGGAUUUUCUCGUCCCCAACUUGAAACGGAAAGGUUGUUUGCUAACAGACAAGCGCAUGUUCGUAAGGAUGUUGAACGUGCAUUUGGAGUUUUGCAAGCAAGAUUCGCCAUUGUACGACAACCAUCUCUGGCUUACGAUGAAGAUAUAUUAGGCGAUAUAAUGAAGGCUUGUAUCAUCUUACACAACAUGAUAGUUGAGGAUGAACGAGAUAUGUAUGUCCGAGCUGAUGUGUUACGAAGGUACUAUGAAGAAGAUCUUUCGAGCUUAACCGCAACAGUGAAUAAUGGUGAACCCUUUGAGUUCCAGACUGGACAACCCUACUCCAUUAACGCAUUAUUGGGGAGAAUAACAGCUUUGCGUAGCAGUCAAAUUCAUCACUCUUUGAAAGAGGAUUUAAUUGAGCAUAACUGGCAAAAGUAUGGAGGCAAUAAUCAUUAA